AUGGGUAAUGCACAGCCCGGGCGAGUUGUGGACCCGCCUCAGCACGGCGGCGACGGAGAGAAGGAGGCAAAGAAAAAGGGGAAGAGGCACGGCUCCGGCGCAGUAGCUCACGGGGAGAAGCAGGCGAGCGGCAGCGAUGGGGGCGUGCAGCUGCGUCACCCCACCAAGGCGUCCGGCAGGCGUGCGCAGAAGCUGCAAAAGUACUCCACCCUCACCAUGUCCAAGCUCGUCACCUCCUCCUCCGAGGAGGACAACAACGGCACCGCCACGACUGCCACCACCGCCGAAACCGCUGCUGCUGCUGCUGCGACCGCCACCGGCCAGACCACAGCCGCCACGACCGCGGACUCCUCGUCGCCGCAGCACCCGUCGCAGGCUGAGGCCGUGGAAGACGAGAUGGCGUUGGUCAAGGGCUUCCUGGCGCAAUCGCAGAAGAUGGGCGUGACGCCAUCGGCGAGCGUUACCAGCCCAGUGGGUGGUGAGGAGGAGCAAGCCAAGGACAUGUGCCUCCUGUGCGAGAGGGAGUUCGUCGUCGCCGGCAAGUCCUUCUACGUGCUGGAGCUGUGCGGGCAUGGCUACUGCGUCGAGUGUCUCUAUCAUCACCUGCAAGCCGAGCUGACCAAGCGGGAAAGCGAGAGCGGCAUAAACGAAGACUCAGUGGCGCGCGAGAACAAGGACGAGAAGGUAGUGACAGUGUGCGUGUCCGUGGCGGGCGAUGAGAACAGCGCUCGGGGAGAGGCCGACGACAAGGGCAAGGAGAAAGAGGCCGACGCAGGCGAGGAGGCAGCGGCGGAGGCCAAAGAGAAGCCGCUCGCGCUGUCCAAGCACCGCGACUUCACCUGCCCGCUGGAGAGUUGCAAGUGUGUAGUGUCGGUCGACGACCUCAAGCAAGGGCUGGCGGUGUUCGGAAAGCAGGGGCCGUCCUUCGUGUCGGCCCACCCCGGCCACAGCCACCUCAAGCAGAGUCUCCCCUCCAAGCUUAGUGCAUCGCUUCGGGUCUUCAUCGAGUCCAAUGAAAGCUUCAUCAUGUGCCCCAAGGAGGAAUGCGGGGUGGCGUUCGAGCGCUUGCCGCCCUCUGAGGAGGAGAAAAGAGUGCCUGUCAAGGACGACGAGGGCAAGGCCAUCGUGGGACCGGCGCUCGCCCACUACCACGAGUACAGAUUCCGGUGCCGCGUAUGCGACACCAUCUUCUGUUCGGCGUGCACGACCGCGCCGUACCACGCCGGGUACACGUGCCAACAGUAUCAAAUGUAUGGUCGCUACAAGCACUGCAUCAUCUGUGACAUGCCCGUCAAGAAGGACGAGCAGAAGGCGAAAGAAGAAGAAGAAGAAGCGGGGAGCGAUAAAGGCAAGGAGAAGGAGAAGGAGAAGGUGGAUCAGGACAUACUCGACGAUGCCGCCGCCAUCUUGAACAUCGAGGCGCCGAGCGACCUCAGCAUUUCGGGGCACAUGGCCGCGGAGCUGGCCGAUGCGCUGUUAUCAGGUGCGGAGGAACCGCCAUCCGGUGAAGAAGUCGCUUCGGGGCCCGCGACUGUCGAGUCAGCGCCAGACGAGGGCGACCAGCCGGCGAAUGUCGAGCAAGAGCAAAAGCGGAAGGAGGAAGAGGCGAAGGCCGAUGAACAGGCGUGCGACAAUGGCGGUGAUAAGGAACAGCAGAAGGCCGAAAAAGUGGAAAAGGGAAAGGAGAAAGCAGAUGACGACGAUGAGGGAGAGGUAGAAAAGAAGCCGGAGCACGAGGCAGAAGCCGAGGUGGAUCCAGCCAAGGAAGCGAGGGACGUCCUGCGUGCAAGCAGCAGCUCGAGCGAUGAAAGCGUAGCCUCGGAGAUCGGGGCGGAGGGCCUGCUGGCCGCCUUCUUUCUCCCCGAGGAAGAGAAGGAGGUCAAAGGGAAGAGGGGCAAAAAGGCGCGCAGGCCCCUCAAGCGCUCAAGCGAUUCGGCAAGUGACGAGAGUAGCGAGAUCAGCGAGGUUGAGAGCUGCAGCGAGAGCGAGACCGAAGAGUCGGAGACCGGGAGCGAGACCGAGAGCGCGAGCGACAGCGAUGACGAGCACGUCGUCCAGCCGCCCCCUCACGUAGAAGAAGAGGAACCCGAGGAGCUCAACUACGACGACAUACUUGGCGGCGAUGACCUGGAUCCGGCCCCCAUACAGGCCUUCGCCAAGGACAUCCCGAGGGUGCCCGGAGGCAUCUUCUUCUGGCGCAAGCGACGCGUACGCAAGGUCCGCGACGAACUGGUGCUCGAGAAGGAGGCGUGGGACCGACAGGAAAUGGAGCGCUUCCUUAAGGAGCAAGAUGAGUGCAACCAAAAGAAGGAGAUCCUGCGGAAGGAAAUAGAGGCGAAGAAGCAAGAACGCGCCGAGCUCGAGACGGCCAUUCUGGAACACGAGUGGUGCGGUGAAGUCGAGUGCCGGAAAGCCAUCAAGCGGCGGUGCUUUAAGCACAUGGACUGUAACCACCAGUGCUACGGCCUGGCCCUGGAGAGGGAAUGUCUGCACUGUAUCCACCCCGACUGCGUGCAAGACGACAAACAGACCAAGGAUGAUUACUGCAAUAUAUGUUGGGUCGAAGGCUUGGGCGCCAAGCCCUGCAUUUCGCUCACCGGCUGUGGUCACCUGUUCCACUACGACUGCGCCAAGAAGAAGCUGGCACGCCCUCCCUCACCGUCAUACACCGCAUCGAUACACACCGAGGGCUGGCCCACAGCCGUGAUCUCCUUUGCCUUCAUGGACUGCCCACUCUGCAACGUCCGCAUGGACCAUCCCUCGCUCCAAAAGCAGCUCAAGCCGUUGCUCGAGCUGGAGAAGUACGUCACCAAGGCCGGUGUUGAGCGGAUUGCAAUCGAAGGCAUGAAGAAGGACGACGCCCUUGUGAGCCCGCACAGUCCCUACUUCAACAACCCGGAAAAGUUCGCUGCGGACACGUUUGCGUUCUACAUGUGCUACCGCUGCCGGUCGCCCUACUUUGGCGGCAAAAAGGAGUGCGCCAACAUGGGUGGACCCCCUGGUGCCGGAGCUCAAGGAGGAGCUUUCAACCCGAAGGAACUGGUGUGCGGCGCCUGCAGCAACACGUCCGGACAAACGUGCCUGAUCCACGGCGAAGAAUACAUGGAGUGGAAGUGCCGUUUCUGUUGCCGGCUCGCGACGUACUUCUGUGCGGGCAAGGCCCGCUUCUGCGACCCCUGCCACGGCGUACCCGCUGAGCGAGUUGACUUCAACGAAUGGAAGACCGUUCCAGAGUACCUUAAGUCCGCGCCCAAGUGCAACGGGCCUUCCGACUGUCCGCUGGGAGUGUACCACCCGCCCAACGGCACCGAGGAAUUCUGCCUGGGGUGCGUUCUCUGUCGCGCCAUCCAGAGCGAUAGCCAGUUCCAAUUCAAGGGCCUGGUGAGCAACGCUUGA